GAGUGUGAGAGGCGCGAUUGGAGAGAAAUUGAAAUGUCAGGACGUGGUAAGGGAGCCGGCAAAGCCAGAGCCAAGGCCAAGACCCGCUCCUCCCGUGCCGGGCUGCAGUUCCCGGUCGGUCGUGUCCACAGGCUGCUGAGGAAGGGGAACUAUGCGGAGCGUGUGGGUGCCGGCGCCCCCGUCUACCUGGCGGCUGUGCUGGAGUACCUGACCGCUGAGAUCCUGGAGCUGGCUGGAAACGCCGCCCGCGACAACAAGAAGACCAGGAUCAUCCCCCGUCACCUGCAGCUGGCCGUCCGCAACGACGAGGAGCUCAACAAGCUGCUGGGCGGAGUGACCAUCGCUCAGGGCGGCGUGCUGCCCAACAUCCAGGCCGUCCUGCUGCCCAAGAAGACCGACAAGCCCGGCAAGACCAAGUAGACCCGCAGACCCACCGACCGGAAACGGCCCCAAAACGGCUCUUCUAAGAGCCACACACCCGACUUGAAGAGCUCCCAACAGUAACUGCUCUGCCAAAACGCUAACAUUUCAUUUUGAUGAAACUGAUGGUUCGAGUGCAGACUGCAAAAAAAAGUUCCAGAAGUCAGAGGAGGACAGACAACAGGAGCACCUGCUGUUGACGAAGGUGUCGGCGUGUCUUCUGCAGCAUCAUCCGGUACAACACCAAGACCUGCACCCCAGAGCUCUGUGAGCCAGUUACUGCGAAGUUCAGCAGAGGAGGAACUGGCUAAAAUGACUGCAUGAGAGCUGCGUUUCCGCACAUUUGAAUGUUUCUGUGAUUACCUGGAUGCUGCUUUUUUCUUUCUGCACAUUUUAAUUUAUAUUUUGUUGAUGGUUCUUUGUGUUUGUAUUUUACAGUUUAUUUUUUGUAGCACUCUUUGGAUUAAUAAAGCAAUACAAAUAAUA